UAGUAUAACUUUGACGUAAAUCAUUUAUUUGUUGUGAUUGUUCGAAUUUUCGAAGUUACUUAACGUUAUGAUUGAGAUAGAAGAAACGACUAAAAGAUUCAGUCGCGUCUAUAGUUGCCCAGAUGAAAUUCGCAACUUUCAAAUCAGGAUUCGAUUAGAAGAUGGUGAAAAUGAAGAAGUCAAGGUGCUCAGGUGGCAGGAAAAGAAGUUCAGCAAAUUCGAACGCGAAUUGUACAAUGACUCGAAAAAAUGUUUAUCGGAUUUGGAAAAGAGUUAUCACGAGCAGGUGAAGAACACAAUGGACAGCAACGAUGUUGUCUUUACGUACACUGGAGAUGAUGAGUACGAGAGCGAAGAUAAUUUGUUGUUUGAAGUUGGGGAUGCUGCGAAAUUUGGUGAAGGAUACGAUUUCGAGAUGUCGUUGAUGUCGUCCAUGGCAACGCCACAUCUUGAGCGAGACAUUGAACACAUGCAGAUUAUGGCGGACUUUGGUGAAUAUUUUGAGGAGACUUGGUUGAAACGGGAGUACUUGCUGUGUCGACUCUGUUACAGCAAGAAUACUAAAAGCUUAACAGUUUUCCCUGACUUUACGAAAACCAAUCCAUACGUGCUAUCGGUGAAUGCAGACAGUAGCAGGAAAAUUAAAUAUUGGUUGGAGAAUUCCUCUGAGACUUCAAAGGCGGACGCCGAGAUUAUAAGCGCGGUGGUUCUACACGAAGCGAAAGUCAGACGGGACAUUUUGGCGGGAAAGCUAUCAUCGUUCAAGUGCAUCGUCGAGGAGGGCAAAUUGCAAGCUCAUGUGUUCCUCGAGAUACUCAGGGGCAAGGAUUUCGAGGGCAGCGACGUCUACGUGCGCUUCUUCGUGGAAUUGCCGGAAGGUUGGACAAGCGACGAUCAACUGGACGGAGUGACUCAGGCUUCCGCGAACCGCAACGACGUUAGCCAUUUCGGAUUCCCGUUUGAGUUCACAUUAGAUCAUCACCGCAUCUCAGAAGGCGGCGAUGGUUUCGCGUCGCCAAAGAUUUAUUUCGAGGUGAUGUCGAAGAGCAGCUGGAGUCGAUUCGGAUCGGAAGGUUUUGCGUACAGUGCGAUUCCGAUUUGGAGUCCUGGUCAGCACGAAUUCCGCUUAGCCUGUAUUCGUGUGGGUCCGAAUUCGACGAGGAGCAACCUGAGGCGGUUCUUCGUAGGUGACGGUUUUACCUGCAAGGAUCCUACCUGGGUCGGUGUACCCAGCGAUCACCAGGGAAAAGUGAUGAACAAGUUCGGCACGGAUUCGGUGUGCGGAGGCGGCGAACUCGAAGUGAGGAUGAGCAUCAUGAUGCAGCGGAACGCGCGAGAAGUAGGCGGCGUCAGGGGCAUGGACGAGACAGGAACGUCCCGUCUGCGCUUCCUAGUGGACCGUCUGGACUCGCCAGGUUUGGUCGAAAGCGUUGAGAAGGUCGUCCGGGCCUUUCAGAACGCCCGUAAAAACAUGCUCAAAGCGCGCACGAAAAUUUAGGAAAUUAAAACGACGAGUAAAAAAAAGUAGCUUAUUAUUACAUCAAGGGGGGCGGCGGAAGAGCUUUCACAGAGAGGGUGGGGGUUGUUGCAUCGAAAGAGAAGUAGAAAGGAAGACAACAAUGGAGUAAAAGAGAAAGAGAGUGGCGAGAGCAGGGAAAAAAAUGAAGCGGAAAAUUGUUGGGAAUUUUAUUAAAUUUAUGAAUAACUUUUAGCUGGCAACGUCGCAACACGUUGCAGUCGGAUCGAUAGCGGUGUUGCCUCGGCACGAAAGUAAACCACAUCGGAGAGCCUCGUUCGUUCCCGAGACUUGGAACUUGAAAAUACCCGACAGAACUUCGUUCUUUUCAAUAGCACCAAUAUUUUCAAUACAACGAGAAUGUCACGAGCGUUGCCUCUCGUUAACCCCGCACAAAAAUCAUUCGAAAAUUAAGAAAUAUUCUAAUUUGUUUUAUAGUAACUUGGCUUCGUCCCUUAACCGAUUCAAGUUUCUAUUAUGCAUUAAGACAUAUGUCCAAGAAGCGGACUGAAUAAGUCAUACAUGCAAUACUUUGAACAUACACAUAAGUAUAAGUUAAUAAUAUAAGUUCUCAGUAAAGUUUCUUAAUAAAAGGAAUCUAAUGAUGAUAGCAUGUACUAUUUUUGAUAUUUUAUUAAUCUAAUU